AUGUUUUACAGAUGGCAAAACAAAAUUGGCCAUUUACAGUGGGGAGACCCAAAGAUGUCCGGGAGUUAUAGUUACACAAACAUCCGGGUACUCGAAAAUUCGCCAAAAUUCGAGCGCUUCCGAAAAAACAACUUUCGAGAGUCUGAGAUUAAAAUUGACGGAGUAAUUAUUGGUCAAAGUUUUAAAAUUCGGUUAUUAAAUUAUAUUGCAGCGGCUAAACACGGUGUGUGGUCAUCCGUAGAUACCCGUAAUCAAUUCUCAAAAACCAAUCCAGCCAAUAAAAUAGUUCCAGUACAAGAGCCCGGUACCGAGAACUAUUAUGACGCAAUGGAACUCACAAGACCCAAACGAAGGUUUAAGCCAAAGACAUCUGAGGUUUACAAUUCAAAGCUUGAUCUUAUGGUUCAGUGGUUUAGUCAUAGUGCUUGCUUAGAUAAAGCCGUACAUUUUUUGCGAAUAUCAUUUUAA